UGGGAGAGAGGGAGCAGCCACGGAAGGAUCCGCAGCAGGAGGCGCAAAGCUCGGCUGCUGGCUGUCACUCGGUCCCGGUCCGUGAGGAGAACCGGUCCGGUGUUUGUGUGUGAGUGUGUGUGUGUGUCCGGUGUGGGAGCUAACAGCUAGCCGGGCCAGGCAGCUGUCCGUUCCCGGGAACAGCGCUCCGCCGGCGGCCUGCGGCUGCAGCUCGGCUCGGUCACGUUCUGUGUCACCGGAGCUGCUGGACUCUGACCGCGGAUCGGUUCACCGUGCUGGCCGUGAGCUGUGUUUAUAGGUUUAUAUUACUACCGGUUAGAUACAUGAAAAUGUCCUCGUUAAAACCGGAGAAAAAGACGGUGUUUCUGUUAACUUUCACCCCGGAGAGGACCGCCUCAUGCCGGCCUGAAGCUCUGCUCUGAGUCCGGGGAGGACACCUGAGAGCCGGCCUGAAGCUCUGCUCUGAGUCCGGGGAGGACACCUGAGAGCCGGCCUGAAGCUCUGCUCUGAGUCCGGGGAGGACACCUGAGAGCCGGGUGAUGUUUCCCGGUGGUCCCUGUCUCUAACCCUGAUAAACAACUUGUACCUGCAGCUCCGGGUCCAGGACUCACCUGCAGCUCCGGGUCCAGGACUCACCUGCAGCUCCGGGUCCAGGACUCACCUGUCUCCUCUUUAUGGGAUUAAAACUCAGAUUAAACAUAUUUAACUUUGGAUCCAUCAUGGGAUCAGCGACCAAACUGGCCUUCAGUGUUUUCCUCAUCUCCUGCUCCUCAGGUGCCAUCCUGGGCCGCUCAGAGACUCAGCAGUGUGUCCACUACAGCUACUCCCCCUCCCCCCCCUCCUCCUCCUCCUCCUCCUCCUCCUCCUCCUCCUCCUCCUCGCUGAUGGAGGCUCGGGGGAACCUCAGCGUGGUCACGUGCUCCGGGGAGAAGGACAAGCGUCUGCACUGCUUCUCCACCUGGAAGAACGUGUCAGGUGUCGUUCAGGUGGUGAAACAAGGCUGCUGGUUGGACGACGUCAACUGUUACGACAGGAACGAGUGCGUGGAGAAGAAAGACGCUCCUGAAGUCUUUUUCUGCUGCUGUGAAGGAAGUCUGUGUAACCAGAGGUUCUCCUACAGCCCCCCCGACCUGCCCCCCCUCCCCACGACGAACAAGCCGAUGCCGGCGGCUCCGCCCCCCGUGCUGACGACCCUCAUGUACUCGCUGGUUCCCAUCAUGGCCGUCACCGCCAUCGUCCUCUUCUCCUUCUGGAUGUACAGACACCACAAACUGGCUUACCCCCCCGUCCUGGUCCCUACACAGGACCCGAGUCCUCUGCCCCCCUCCCCCAUCCUGGGACACAAGCCUCUGCAGCUACUGGAGGUGAAAGCCAGGGGGCGCUUCGGCUGCGUGUGGAAGGCUCAGCUGCUCAGUGAAUAUGUGGCCGUCAAGAUCUUCCCCAUCCAGUACAAGCAGUCGUGGCAGAACGAGUACGACAUCUUCAAUCUGAGCGGCAUGAGACACGAAAACCUGCUGCACUUCCUGGGAGCUGAGAGGAGAGGAAGCAACCUGGAGGGAGAGCUGUGGCUCAUCACUGCUUAUCACGAUAAGGGCUCUCUCACAGACUAUCUGAAGGCUAACAUCCUCUCCUGGUCUGAGUUGUGUCUCAUCUCUCAGUCGAUGUCUCGAGGUCUCGCCUACCUGCACGAAGAUAUACCUGGACACAAGCCAGCCGUCGCCCACAGGGACUUUAAGAGUAAGAACGUCUUGCUGAAGUCCAACCUGACCGCCUGCAUCGCUGACUUCGGCCUCGCUCUGCCGUUUGAGGCGGGAAAAUCUCCUGGAGACACACACGGACAGGUGGGCACCAGGAGGUACAUGGCCCCUGAGGUUCUGGAGGGAGCCAUUAACUUCCAGCGAGACGCCUUCCUGAGGAUCGAUAUGUACGCUCUGGGUCUGGUGAUGUGGGAGCUGGCCUCACGCUGCAAAGCUGCUGAUGGUCCUCUGGAUGAGUACAUGCUUCCCUUCGAGGAGGAAGUGGGUCAGCAUCCGUCUCUGGAAGACAUGCAGGAAGUCGUCGUCCACAAGAAGCUGAGACCGACGCUCAGAGAGUGCUGGCAGAAACACGCAGGUCUGGCCGUGCUGUGUGAGACGGUGGAGGAGUGCUGGGAUCACGAGGCGGAGGCGCGGCUGUCGGCCGGCUGCGUGGAGGAGCGCGUCGUUCAGAUGCAGCGACUGACGAGCGUCACGGUUCCCGAGGAGAUCGUUACCGUGGUCACCAUGGUAACCAACGUGGACUAUCCGCCCAAAGAGUCGAGCCUAUGACGAGGCCGAGGACCCGUCGGGACGGAGCAGGGACUCCCUCAGUGACUUCUUAAAGACAAUAUGGAGGACGGUCUCUCUGACUGCCACCCUCUGACAUCACUUCCUCUUUUAUAUUACAAAGUAAAAGACUUCCUGGACCUUUUCUACGACUUCAGUUUAAAAAGGGCGACUUUAGUUUGUGAAGAAGAAGAAGAAACAGCUUCUGAAUGUCUGAACCACUGUUUACACACA